CCCUCCGUUUCACUCUCAAUGGUGCUUGAAGGAGAGAUGGACGGCAUCGGGAACAACAUGCAGAAGAAGGCUGCAGAGCUGGAGCGGCUCGCCGAGGUGCUCGUCACCGGAGAACAGCUGAGGCUGAGGCUCCACGAGGUGAAGGUGAUCAAGGAUCGGCGGCACCACCUGCGAACUUACCCAAACUGCUUUGUGGCCAAAGAGCUCAUCGAUUGGCUGAUCGAACACAAGGAGGCCUCCGACCGAGAUACGGCCAUCACGAUCAUGCAGAAGCUUUUGGACCAGAGCAUCAUUCAUCACGUGUGUGACGAGCACCGGGAGUUCAAAGACCUGAAGCUGUUUUAUCGCUUCCGGAAAGACGACGGCACGUUCCCGUUGGACAGUGAGGCCAAAGUCUUCAUGAGGGGGCAGAGGAUCUAUGAGAAGUUGAUGAACACAGAAAACACCUUGUUACAAACCAGGGAGGAAGAGGGCGGCACGUAUGAGCGAGCGCUGGUGGGCUCUGAGUUCAUUGACUGGCUGCUGCAGGAGGGCGAGAUGGCGGCCAGGGAGGAGGCGGAGCAGCUGGGGCGCAGGCUCCUGGAACAUGGCAUCAUCCAGCACGUCACCAACAAACACCACUUUGCCAAUGGACCCCUGCUCUUCCAGUUCAGGAUGAAUUUCCGUAGACGACGGCGGUUGAUCGAACUUCUUCACGAGCGCAGCCGCUGCAUCCCUGAGAGUCACGACAGCCCCUUCUGUCUCCGCAAACAGAACUCAGAUGGAGGCAACACCAGCUUCCUCUCAGGUACUCACUGCUCUAUGUUCAUAUCUCACAUUAUUUAA